AUUGCAGCCAGGGUUUUGUUUUUUAGCCUGCAUGUUGUAAAACAGUGCUGAAAUUUAUGUUCUAACAGCUGCAGAAAGUCUCUCUCAUUAUUUAUUAAAUGAUAGUUCCUGCUGGAAAACAGCUCCUAAACUGACUUUAUAACGUUUCUUCCCCUUGGACAACAGGCAUGAUGAACCGCAGGGCCUCUGCCUGGGUAAGGGACCUUCUUUUGGAAGGUAAUAUCGUGUGAUGUAUGGGUACAAUGUCCAUUUAGAGCCACUCUUAUUAAGACCCCACUUAACGUUGUUACACUGAAGAAAAAAUUAAAAAGAAAGAAACAAUAGAGCUCGUGAUUUAACGCACCGGAGAAAAUACAGCUAGUCUUUUCUGUUUUCACAGAGUUCGAGGUGGAAGAUUAGAGGGCUGGACCCUCUAGUCCGACCACAGAUAAUGAGGGGGUGGCAAGCUUUUGGUUUUGGGCUCAUUUGUAAAUCAAAUAGAGGAUGCUACAGGAACACCGUGUCUGACGAAGUUAUUAUCCUCCUCUCCUCGUGAAGCCUGCAGUAUUUUCAUAUUUUCCCCAAUGGGUCGCUCAUAAUCCUCUCAGCUUCAUAAAUAGCACAUUAUUGAAUGUACACCAUCAGUUCAUUACCUUGAACUGGUCGAGUAAUGGAAACCUGCCUAAUGUCGGGGGCCUGCUGGGAUAAUUAACUGAGAAAAAGAACUGUGGAGCUUCAGUGUUCAUCCGAGGUAAUGUUCUCACUCUCCAAACUGCAUUUCAAAGAGAACAUCACCACUGCCUCUUAAAAAUUUCACCUCUUAGUCCGGCAGAGUGAGAGGGACUAUUGAGCAGCAGUGCUCAUUUUCUUUUUUCUUUUAUUUUGCAGUCACUAUCUCCUGUGUCUUUUCGUGAUGUGAGAAAUCUUUUAAUGUGCUAAUAAAAAGUCGUGAUUGUUCCGGGCUACAAGGAGAUACUGUUCAACUCAGUGAUUAUUUCUUAGUGCGCUAAUCACCGAGAAAGCCCUAGGCCCCACUAAUCAGAAUGUAGAUAUAAUAAAAUGUCUCCACAGACAUGAUGUGGCCCUGAAGUGGCUCGUUUCCCCCCUCCUUUUUCUACCAAAACAAGCCUUGCAUUAAUCAAUAGAUUAUUUGGGGCUUUUUCCUUCAAAGUGGCUGCUGUUGUACUCAUUUUAUUAAACUUAUUCAGUCAUCCUGUGAAUGAGCGUCAGCUUUUAGGGGGUAUACUGUUCUGAGUUAAAAGGCUCAGAAUAGACAGUCGGUAAUGAGAUGGUUUGGUUUGGUUGUUUUUUUAGUAUGAUUUUUUUAUUUGUCAUUUUCAAAACUUCCAGUACUAUUAUUGGCGAAGAUACCAUCUGAACUUGAUCACUCACGUUUCUCCAUAAUUAAUAUCUGUGUUAAUAAACAGUUAUGGUUUCUAUGGCAGAGCUUAAAUCCUACACUAAUAAGCCACAAGGGGAUCACAGAUCAUAUCUAAUUAGCUGUACCUAACACAUAAGUGAAAUGUUUUUAUAUUUAUUCAGCUCUUUUAACUGCUUUUUUGCCUUCAGGUUGUGAUGAGGGAAAAUGUCCUUAGGGUACCAUAUACACAGGAACACUUAAACGAACGGUGCUACAGAGCACACCAUGCUGCUCCUGUCGGGCAUCAUUGUGUUUCCAGAAAAGGCUCUUUGCAGCUUUUCCAGGAAAACUAGUGGGGGGAGAGUUUACAUAAAUGUUCCCCAUAAACGUUCACUAGCGAUUAGUAACCUGAGAGCUGAAUGCUUAGUCAUCCAUUGUAAAUGUCCUGCCGUUCCUUAAUAAACCUGCCUGUUUAAGGCAAUUAUUUCAUCGACUUUUGCUGAAUGGCUCGUUUUUAAAAACAUCAGCCUACUCUAUUUCAUGUUGGGCCCUAACUGCCUGUUAACUGAUGUUUGUACUAAAUCCUCUUAACACUAACUUUCAUCUUUUCAGGAUGUUUUGAGCCCAUUUUUGCCGGAAGAAUGACAGACAUUGACAUCAAUUUAUAGAACAUAUGCCUUUCCUUCAGUCCUAUCCUUCAUUUGUCUCUGAGGAGUAUUUGAAAUGCUAGGCUGCAAACUUUGCCUUCAAAAGCUAUGUCUGCCUCUAUUUGAAUGACGGGAAUAGAUUUGGUCAAUUAUUCAUUAAGUAAGCAUGAAGCUUUCUAAUGUUCACUUGCUGCUUUCUUCAGCAUGAGUUUUUUCUUUCUUUCUUUUUUUGGAAAUACCCUGCAGCUCUGAGUUAUCUGUUAGAGUAGAGGGAUAAUGAGACAGUUUCAUUAUUUUUAUUUUUUUUAAUUCAUUACAGCUUUGUUGUUUUGAUGUGUUGUAUGUUGGCGUUUCAUCUCUGUAGAUAACUGCCGCAACCCUCAAGUAAACUAUCCCUCACACUCUGGCCUGGUCCCGGUGAUUGAAUUAGCCUCUGCUACACUAUCUCCCAUGCUGGCAGUCACGGUGAAUUUCACCAUGUGAGACAACAUGAUAAAAGACAGGAUUUGAUUUGCAUUCAUGAAGCACUUAGGAAGUUCAAAGAAAAGUUGCCGAGCUCAACAGAGCGCACAGAGUCCUCCCUGACAGUGUCUGUUUCAGGUAUCACAAUUUCACCUUCAAUGGAAACACUGAUAAUAUUGCAUGAGGUCAUUUCCCAUCAAUGGGCUCCCUGUCAUAGAAUGCUCUGGGGUUAUUUUGGUGGACACGUUUUGAUAUGCCUUUCCCUCCUGUGGUCAGAGAUUGUAAAAACACCAGCGAGAGUGUGGGAUGGCUCACGUGUCCUGGUGACACAGCCUAGAGCCUAGAGCUGGUGCCACAUAAAGGAAUACAACAAGCAACCAAUAUGAGCUUUGUGCUCCAGCUGCAGGCUGUGAUUCAGAAUUGUCUGGAGGCUCGCUGCCAGUUACCAGAGUUAUUGCCUGAAAAGAACAGUUUACUGUAGAGUGGAUUUGGCUAAAAUUGCUAUGAUGGAUUGUGGUUUUGAAUUGAUAAGAAUCUUUCAGCGGGAGCUUUGAUGAAUUUUCAAACUGAAUACAGAUUCUGGAAAGAGCAUGAGCAUAGAAGCAAUGCAUGGCAUUGAAUUACAUACCCAGCGUAACAUCACACCCCCAAGGCAUAUAAAUAUUGAUCUGCGUGCAUUUCAAGGUAAAAGGCUGACAUGACAUGGGAGACAAGCUCAACAGAGCUUGCUCUCUAGCCCAUUAUUUUCUUAUCUUUCCGACAACUCAAAGCUUCAUACAGUGUUUACUCUUCUGACUCUCCACUUACAGAGAGGUGAGGGGAGUUGUGAGAAUUAGCAGUAGACCCCUACAGAUUAGGUUUAGAGCGAUGUGGGUGCGUGGCACACCAGCAGAGUGGGGAGGGAAAGGAAGAGCAAUCAGGGUGACAGUCUUAAUUUGAACUCUGGUGUGCAUAACGCCAUAACGCUAGAGGCAAAGACGCUACUCAGCACAGCCCGUCGUAAAGCAGUCAUGUUUACACAGUUUAACAGCCCAGAUCCUCGGAUUUGCAUUCAUAUUGGUGCAUUUUCAGUUUAUUUUGUCUCUCUGCGCCAUGAGUGCGAGCAGCUCAGAAAUGUAAUGCCUGAUAAGAAGAGUAAUCUAAAGUUCAGAGAAGACUUGUGAACGGACUGAACACAUGGGAGUGCAGCAUGGAUAAUUCCUCAUAACUUGUGCGCCAGUGUUCUCGAGCAAGGCACCUCUAACUGCCGUGUUUGAAGACCGCUGUUUAUUUAGCGUCUAGGGAAAUGGUGGAUCUGCUUUCUAUCGACUUUCUCUGGACAGGAAGCACGAGUGAUUAUCCUUCAGUCGAGAGAGCGGAUUUAUGUGGCACACCGCUCGGACGGCUGCGCGUGCUCACGCUGUGCCGCCGUGCAGAGGUUUGAGGCAGAGACCCUCCUGACCAUCACACAGGGUGGGGUGCACCGAGGAGCUCCGUCCCCGUGCGCCGCCACGCCCCCGCGCUUGGCGCUGUCCGGUGCUCUAGUGCUGAACGCUGGGUGCGAACACAACAAACUGCCUGCAGCGCUGUGGGCUGCCUGCACGCUGCCGUGUUACAUGGAGCCGAAAGGCGGAUCUCCCAGGAUGAAACAGCUUAAAGUUCAGAGGGCUCUCCUGGAAGGACCGCACCGUGGAUGGCUAUGAAGGAAAUGUUUCUCAAGUGUGUUUCCUUUCUUUUUUAAGGAUUUCCUACCAACCCCUCUGAGACACUCGGGGGUACAUAACUUGCCACCAACAUGAUUUGGGGUGUUUUGUUAUGCUGCCUUCUGACGCCAGCUGCUGGAUAUGAAGCACAGGAGCGACUGCCUUUCUUCCACGGGCAUGUUUUUGAGAACUCACCGCCGUGUUCUAAAGUAAACGGACUGAUUAUUCCGGUGAGGCGCAUCACCGCGCAAAAAUGGUGCCCGGUCUCCGGAACGCACUUCAAACUGUAUGGAAACGGCAGUGAAGCUUUCCGAGCCUUCGCUCACCACAAGCGGGGAAGUGUAUUGCUCAGAACUUCCAGGGUUUUAGACAGAGAGACUCGUUCAGAAUACCUGCUGAGCUUAGGUCUGUGCUGCCAGACCUGCGCACCUGGGUCUAUCGUCUUCGAUGUUGCGUCGGUAAAAGUGGACGUUUUGGAUACCAACGAUCACAAACCGACUUUUCGCAGUGCAGACAACAUUCACAUAAGUUUACAUGACACCACUGCCCUCCGUAGUGUAGUUUACAGGCUGGAGGCUGUCGACGCAGACAGCGGAAAAAACGCAGAGUUGACGUAUAUCUCUGUCCCCCAAAAUGGCAGUUUCUAUGUUGUCCCGAAAACAGGCGAAGUUUUACUGGUCGACUCAAUCCUGGGGCUCCCUUCUAAAGUCAAAUUCUGCGUUUAUGCCAGAGACCACGGAUGGCCCCCUCUGACCAGUAAGGCUGUGUUGGUUACUGUCGCUCCACAGCGGUGGGCGACGCGUCCUGCUGAAUUAGCGGGGACAGCGAGGGCAGGGCGUUCGCCGAGGGCAUUACUUGACCCUGGCUCCGUGGUUUCUCUUAACGUGUCCGAAGACGCCAGCAUCGGCUCGGUCAUAACGAGCUUGAGUCCCACCAGAUUUCAAUCAGCCAGCUACGAGUUGAUUUACCCGGAGUCAGAGAGCUCUCCGGUCAGCGUGGGCCGCGACAGCGGAGAUAUCACAAUAACCAGGAGGCUGGAUAGGGAGGCAGAGCCGUUCGUGGAGCUCACUGUAAAGAUUCAAGAUAAAAGAGGCCCAGACUGGUACCUGAACAAGGUGAAGUUGAAGAUCACUGAUGUCAAUGACAACGUCCCUGAGUGGAGUAUGAAGCCGUACCCUUACCUGGCUGUCGUAUCCCCUGAGGCCCCUGCGGGAACGUUUGUCUACCAGCUCCAGGCUCAUGAUGGGGAUGAGGGUAAAAGUGGAGAGGUGGAAUACUUUUUGUCAGAUGGCGGUGAUGGCUGCUUUGCUGUUGACAAGAAGACAGGCCAGGUGGUGACCACAGGGCUGGUACUUCAGAGGGAGAGGGAGUACUUGUUAAGCGUGGUGGCCCUUGACGGCAUGGGGAGCCGCAGUGCCCCUGCCAUGCUCUCUGUGGUGGCGGGAGCUAGAGCGCCGCAAUUCACCAAUACAAGCUAUGCCAUCUCAAUACCAGAAAACACACCUGAGGGACAGCCCUUCCUGGUGGUGUUUGCCAUCUCCUUCCAGAAGCAGAAAAUCAGCUAUAGUCUGCUGAUCAAUCCCAGUAGCCUUUUUAGCAUUCAGCAGGAGACGGGGGAGAUCAGCCUGACCAGGACACUGGAUUAUGAGAAUGACCAGCGACGCUACCUUCUGAUGGUGCGAGCCAGUGAAGAGCCAGGCAGCCUCAGCGCUGCAACAGAGGUUCAGGUGUUGAUAACGGAUGAGAAUGAUUGUGUCCCAGAGUUUCUUCAGUCCAUCUAUAGUGUGGAUGGAGUCCCCGAGACUGUAACCACGGCAACAUCCCUGCUGCAGGUGUUAGCCACGGACUGUGACUCAGGGUUAAAUGCUGAACUCACCUAUUACACCCUGAGCCCGGACUUCAGCAUUUCACCCCAUGGGACUGUUUUCCCAGCGAGACGGCUUGACUAUGAGAGGCCUAAUCAUCUGUAUGAGUUUGUGGUGAUGGCGGUGGACAGUGGGGACGAACCUCACUCUGGCACUGCCACCGUCCGUGUGAGGAUGGCGAAUGUCAACGAUGAAGCCCCCGAAUUCUCCCAGGCUGUAUAUCGAACAUUCGUUUCUGAGGAUGCAGGCCCCAACACCCUGGUUGCAACAGUUCUGGCCAAAGAUCCAGAUGGCGAUGCUAUAUUCUACUCCGUAACAGCAGGCAACGAGGAAGAAAAUUUUGUCAUUGACAGCCAGAAAGGAUUGAUCCGUCUCCGCUCGACUCCCCUGCCCAAGCUUCAAGGUUUGGAGUACGUCCUGAAUGUAACGGCCACAGAUGACAAUGCCUCGGGCGGACCACACCCUCUGUCUUCGACUGCCCGGGUCAUCGUUGGGGUUGAUGAUGUCAACAACAACAAACCUAUAUUUGAGGAGUGCCAGCAAUAUCGUGAACAGGCUUCGGUGCUGGAGAACCAGCCAACGGGGACUUUUGUGUUGCAAGUGCAUGCCGUGGAUGCAGAUGAGGGGGCAAAUGGAAAAGUCAAAUAUGGCCUAAUGCACAGAGACAGCGCAAUGCCUGCCUUCAGAAUCCAUCCGGACACAGGAGUGAUUGUGACAGCCCGGCGCUUCGACAGGGAGCGGCAAAGAGAGUAUUCGAUCACAGUAACGGCUACUGAUUGGGCAGAGGAGCCACUGAUCGGCAUCUGUCAGCUAACCAUCCAAAUACUGGACCAAAAUGAUAACAGCCCCAAGUUUGAGAAUUUGCGCUAUGAGUAUUUUUUGAGGGAAGACACUUUGGUCGGUACCAGUUUUCUGCGUGUUGCUGCUCACGAUGAUGACUUUGGCACUAAUGCAGCUAUCACUUACGCCAUGUCUCUGGAGCAGCCUGAGUACCUGCAGGUCAACCCCAUCACUGGAUGGGUCUAUGUUAACCAGCCCAUCUCACAGCGGACCUAUAUUACAAGGGAUAUCAUAGCAACUGAUGGUGGGAAUCGUAGCACUUCUGUGGAGCUGGCAGUCACCAUCACCAAUGUGAAGAACCAGCCUCCACAGUGGGAAAAAGAAAGCUACAGUGUUGUCAUCCCUGAAAACACUGCCAGGGACACGCCCAUAGUGACAGUCAAGGCAACGUCUCAGUUGGGUGACCCAAGAGUGACCUACAACCUCGAGGAUGGGAUGGUCCCUGAAACCAACAUGCCUGUCCGUUUCUACCUCUCUCCCAACCGGGAAGAUGGUUCUGCGUCCAUUCUGGUGUCCGAGCCACUGGACUAUGAGACCACACCAUUUUUCUCUCUUCAAGUCCGGGCGCAAAAUGUGGCUGCAGUGCCGCUUGCAGCUUUCACAAGAGUUUAUGUGAAUAUUACAGACGUCAAUGACAACGUACCGUUUUUCACAUCCUCCAUCUACGAGGCCUCAGUGACCGAAGGAGCCCAGAUAGGGACUUCAGUUCUGCAAGUAUCCGCCCAUGACAAAGACCUGGGCCUUAAUGGAGAGAUCACUUACUCUCUGCUGAGUGACAGCAGUGGGGACCAUAAUCUGUUUCGUAUCGACCCAGAACUUGGGAUUAUCUACACAGAAGCUGUCUUUGACCGUGAGGCCCGUAGCUCCUACUUACUGGAGGUUCAGUCAGAAGAUGGCCAAGAGUCAGCUCGACCUGGGAAGUACAAACAGCCCAACACAGACACAGCGUAUGUGAGAGUUUUCAUCAGCGACGUCAACGACAACAAACCGGUGUUUGCUCAGCGACUGUAUGAAGUCGGCGUUGAUGAGAAUGCAGAUGUGGGCCUGGCUGUUGUCACUGUUAGCGCUAAUGACGAGGAUGAAGGGGCCAACGCCAAGCUGCGCUACCAGAUAACAUCUGGCAACAAAGGUGGUGUCUUUGACAUCGAGCCAGAGGUUGGGACAAUCUUUAUUGCACAGCCAUUGGACUAUGAGCAGCAGAAGAGGUACAAGCUUCUGAUUCUCGCCUCAGAUGGGAAAUGGGAAGACUACGCUGCGGUGGUAGUUACUGUGGUUAAUAAGAAUGAUGAGGCGCCUGUGUUUUCCAUGAAUGAGUACUACGGAUCUGUCACAGAGGAGCUUGAUGGGUCACCCGUGUUUGUAUUACAGGUGACAGCUACUGACCCAGACAAAGAUGCAGACCAGGGUGCCAUACGGUAUUCCAUUCAUGGCCAAGGGGCGGAGUCACACUUCAUGAUCAACGACAUCACGGGGGAGAUGUACGUCCAGCACACCCUGGACAGAGAAGAGCGUGCUGUCUGGCGCUUUGUUGUCAUGGCCACUGACGAGGAGGGCGAGGGACUUACCGGCUUUACGGAUGUUAUCAUCAACGUGUGGGACAUCAAUGACAACGCCCCCACUUUUUCAUGUGCGCCUGAUAACUGCCACAGCAGUGUAGCUGAGAACUCCCCUCCUGGAACAUUAGUUGUGGAAAUGAUGGCUGUAGACCUUGAUGAUGCAGCCGUAGGCCAAAAUGCAAUCCUCACCUACAAAAUCACGGAAAAUUCACAAAACGCAGACGGUGCAGAUCUUUUCAUGAUUGAUUCCAGCACUGGGACCAUCUCUGUGGCAGCAGAGGGGCUCGAUCGUGAGCAUGCCGACACGCACCGUAUGGUGGUAGAGGCUCGGGAUGGUGGCGGCAUGACGGGUACAGCUACCGUCACUAUAGUGGUGACGGACAUCAACGACCAUGUGCCAAAGUUUAGAGAGGACUGGUGCGGCGCUCGUGUACCUGAGAGCACAAAUGAAGACGCUCCAAUCCUGGAGCUGAGUGCUGUGGAUCCCGAUGCCGGCUCAUACGGACAUUUGGCCUUCAGUGUGAUGGCAGGAGACCCUGAGCAGAGAUUUUACAUGGUUAGCCACAGACUGGAGCAGAGCGGCACUCUGAGGCUGAAGAAAAAGCUGGACUUUGAGCAGCCAGGGGAGCAAAGGUUUAACCUCACCAUCAAAGUGGAGGACACUGACUUUUCCAGCCAGAUCCACUGUCUGGUUCUGGUGGAGGAUGAGAAUGAUAAUGCCCCUGUUUUUACCCCAGACUCGUAUCUGCUGUCUCCUUUGCCGGAGGAUGUAACUGAAGGAACCAGCGUCAUCCAGGUUGUGGCCUCUGACUCCGACUCUGGUCCGAAUGGUGACAUUUCGUACAGUAUUCUCCCCGAGUCAGACCCGUAUGGACAUUUUGCAGUCAGCGGUGCAGGUGUGGUCACAGUCGCUAGGCCGCUGGAUCGAGAGACAGUGGCAGGUUAUGAGCUGGUCGUCAUGGCGACAGACCGGGGUACCCCGCCGUUGAGUGGCAGUGUCACGGUCCGCUUGCCAUUGCUAGAUGUGAAUGACAACGGGCCAGAGCUGGAGACAGCCUACAUUCCCAUGCUGUGGGAGAACAGUCCAGUGCCUCAAGUGGUCUGGCUCAAUAGGAGUUCAACUCUUCUGUAUGUCACUGACAAAGACUCCCCAGAGCAAGGGCCUCCUUUUUAUCUCUCCCUGCCCUCUGUGUACUCUACUGACUUCCACCUACAGGACCAUGGGAAUGGCUCUGCCACGCUCACCGCUCUGCGGAGAUUCGACAGGGAAAGGCAGAGUGAGUUCCACUUGCCUGUUAUUAUGAUUGACAGCGGCGAGCCACCGAUGACAGCCACAAACACUCUCACCAUCACUAUUGCCGAUCAUAAUGAUAACGCCCAUCAGGCAGGAGAGAAAGAUGUCUACGUACAUAGCUACAAGGGAAGGAUAGCGAAUGCAGCACUGGGGAAGGUAUAUGCCCCAGAUCCAGAUGACUGGGACAACAAAACCUACACUCUGGAGACGAGUGCAGCUAAGUACUUCAGUGUGGACCAGAGCUCAGGAGAGCUAAGCCUGCGACAGAACAUUCCAGGUGGCAGCUACUGGCUGAGGGUUGAGGUGUCUGAUGGUGUGUGGCCUGAUGUAAUCUCAGGAGUCAGAGUUCAUGUCUGGGAGCUGGAGGAAAAGGCCAUCUUAUCGUCUGCCUCACUGCGUUUGACCGGCAUUACAGCAAAAGAUUUUAUCGACUCUCGUGUCGAGGGGAAGAGUCGGCUCGAGGCGUUCUGGGACUUCCUGUCUGAAACCUUGUCUGUCAGACCAGGGAGUAUCAACGUUUUUAGCAUCGCAGACAGAGACGAAAAAACUGUGGACAUCCACUUCAAUGUGCUAACUGAUAAUGGCUACCUGCGCCCAGAGAAGCUGCACGGUGUCCUCGACGCACAUAAAAAGAAGCUGCAGUCAGUAUUGCGUGCGAACGUGCACCAGGUGCAAGUAGAUGAGUGCGUGCACACCGAUUGCAAGACAUCCGGUGGCUGCUCCACACAGUUAAGCAUCAGUGACUCACCCACCUUGAUAGACUCGGGUGCUUUAUCCCUGGUCUCAGUGAAAGUAACAUCCUUGGCUGUGUGUGGCUGCGCUGCCAGAGAAAUGACCCAUCAACGCUGCUCUUCCUACUCCAGUAACCCCUGCCUUAAUGGGGGAACCUGCAUUGACACGCAGAACGGAUACAGGUGCCAGUGCCCCCCACAGCUUGAGGGGCCAGACUGUCAGCAGAUGAGAGUUAGUUUCCUUGGCAACGGCUAUGCCUGGUUUCCCCCCAUAAGGCCUUGCUUUGAUAGCCAUCUUUCACUGGAGUUUAUGACUGAGGAAGAUGACGGACUGCUACUGUAUGCCGGCCCGAUGGCCACUCUUAUGCCUGGGGACAGUGAAGACUACAUGGCCAUAGAGCUGAUUGGAGGGACGCCUAGCCUGAAAAUUAACCAUGGUUCUGGGACCUUGGUGCUCCAGUUAACAAAUAAUGUCGGGGUGGCUGAUAGACGCUGGCAUCGCCUCGAUGUGAGGAGCAACAGUAAAGAAGUGCGCUUUACUCUGGAUCGAUGUUCCACUGCAAUUGUCAUGGAGACAGAAGGCGUAGACUCGUGGGCAAUGACAGAGGACCGCUCAUCCUGUGAAAUCCGAGGAGUCACACCCAACAGGGGAAAGUAUUUCAAUGGAAGUCAUGUUCUGCAGCUCGGAGGGAUCAAUGAGAACAUGUCAUAUGAAUAUCCCCAGCUACAGCACAAACACUAUACUGGAUGUAUAAGGAACCUGCGUGUGGACAGCAAGCUAUAUGACCUUGGUUCCCCUGCUGAAUCCUCCAACACAUUGCCAGGCUGCACUCUCAUUGAUGACCACUGCGCCAGCCUGGAGCAGCUUUCCCCUUGUGGCAAGAGGGGUCACUGUCAUGGGGACUGGGGCUCUUUAAGCUGCCUGUGUGAAAAAGGCUUUACAGGGCCACAGUGCGAUCAAGUGGCUCGAGAGUUCUCCUUUGACGGCCGGAGCCACAUUCAGUUCCACCUUCUUUGGUCCCUACCGGCGCGACAGACUAGUGUCGAGGUUGGGGUGCGAACACGUGCAGCCACCGGCGUUAUCCUCAGCCUGCUUUCCCAGGAGCAGAACGAAUACCUGCGUUUAGAGGUUUUUCAGGGUCAUCUGGCUGUUUUCUACAACCUUGGAGAUGGAGACUAUAACAUCACACUGCCUUACCAUCGCCUGGAUGAUGGAGACUGGCAUGAGUUGGAGCUGUACCGAUAUGGGAGAGAGUUCACCCUGCGACUUGACAGAGGCGGAGGACGGCGAGAGGUAACGGCCUCACCUGGACAAAGUCGGGAGAUCAUCAUUGACCCCGCUGUGGUGAUGCUCGGAAACUCUUUUCCCUCAGGACAUAACAGGAGCUUUGUGGGUUGCUUACGGGAUUUGAGGUUUAAUGGCCGCUCCAUCUCCCUGGAUGAGGAGCAGCCUUCAGAGGGGAUUCAGGUGGUCACUUCACAGGGGGUCUCUGUCGGCUGUGCUUCAGAUGCCUGCAGGAAGCACCACUGCUCCCCUCCCUUGGUCUGCGUGGACCUCUGGAGACACCAUGAGUGCAGAUGCCCCCCAGGCCAUAUAACCAAAGAGAGCUCUUUGGGAAAAGUUUGCGUCUACACACUCUGUGCCAGCCGGCCUUGUCGCCACGGCACCUGCGUGGCUCACUCUCCAUCCCGAUACUCGUGCCGCUGCAGUGAGGGAUACCGGGGCCGGCACUGCGAGGUGACGCUUGCCAUGUUCCAUGAAGACAGCAACAGCCUCAGCCUGAGCUCCAUGUUCGCCAUCAGUAUCUGUGUCAUGGCCUUUCUAGUGUUGAUGCUGGGCCUGUUUCUCUACUCCUGCUGGAGGAGACACAAGGGCCUAAAGGAGGGUGUGUACCAUGUGUCUGCGCAUCACGGCGAGUGGGAGGACAUCCGAGAGAAUGUGCUCAACUACGACGAGGAAGGUGGAGGAGAGCAAGAUCAGAAUGCCUUUAACAUGGUGGAGCUACAGCGCUCCCUCCAGCCAAGCCCAGCACAGUCACUCCGAUAUAGUUAUCCUCAAAGCAUCAUCUCUUACCCGCAGACUAAGCCCACCCAGGACAACAACAAAAAUGGCACGUCUAAUGGAAAUGGCAGUGCCGCGAUUGCUCUACGUCUGGCAAUUCCUCCUUCAGAGACAGAAACCUUGCCGUCCCCUCUGACCUUCCGCCGCUCCCAGAAAACCCUGUCCUUCUCCAGCCAGGACUUGGCCCGCUACCUGUGUGAGGUCAUCAGGGACAUGGAUCACCCUGAGGAUCUCGGCACUAUGACCACACCACGCCGUCCUGCAGGAAAGGAGCGCGGCCUCGCGGGUGUGCGCUCUCUCAGCUCCCUAAGUGCAACUCAGGGUUCAGAAGUCAGACUUCAGGCAGCCCAGAGCACUCGGCUGGACAGGUUCAAAAACCUCCGAGCUGUGGUUAGUGAUUUAAGAAGAGACUCCAAGACUCCGGAGGGCCAGAGAGACAAACUGAAGGAGAGCAGGGGGCAGCCGAACUGCGAGAAAAGCGGAUGAGGUUGCACUCACAGAAACAGAACUGAAAGUUGCAAAGAAAAGCAACGGGAAUCAAAAGUCGUUGGUUGAAAUCCAAAGGGAGAUAAUUAAAUGUGAUAUACUUUGAGACUGGGAGGUUUGGUCUCUGUGAAGUCUGCUAUAAAUGUACUGUAUUGAUGAAACUUUGAACAUUUAUGUUCUUUGAUAUGAACCAUGUUUACCAAUGAAUGAUCAGAUGUGAUGUAUUGUUUACUUGGCAUUGCACUGUACAGUAUUUACUCUGCAGAAAGCACUUUUUGGAAGCACUCUGUGUCAAAACUACUCAUGUCAUAAAACUCAUAAGAGUAACGUCUGAAAGCAAGACUCCAAAUGAGUUUCCUGUGAGAUUACUUUUCUUUGCUGUCAAUGACUCAUGAAAUUAAUUAUGUGAAAAAAACGAUUUUGUUUCAUUUGUAUUAUCUAUUUCCUUUUCAAUAAAUGAAUAUCUUUGAUAAUAUUUCAAAGUUGCUCUCAUUCAAAUACGAGUUCAUAAUUAGUGAGGCUCAAGUUUUCAGCUUUUGAAGUUGAAGCUAACUUUCAUCAUCACUGAAGUAACACAUAGGUACGAUCUUUCCUUUAUUCCAGGUUUUAUUUAGAUGAUGAUGAGGCUGGAACAGCUGUUCUUGUCUUAUUCAGCUAACUAUUACCAGCAACUGGGGCCUCUGAUGAGAAAAACAAAGUCAAUUUCAGGAUUAAUCAUUCAUGUCCAGAGCCUAUAGCCUCCUGACCUGAGCUUCUGGGAGUCUCCAGAACUCAAAGUGCGGGGGUCCCAGCAGGCAGCUCUACAUCAUACUUAAUUGGCCUGCAUUACUGGAGUUAAACAACUGUGACACUGGAGCAAGCCGCUGGGGAAGCGCACAGAGCUGCUGCUUGGGCCUGAUGUUCCUGUCUGUCGGCACACCUACAUAAUGCAUCAUGCAAAGAGAUAUGAGAGGUUCAGAGGGCGGGUUUGACUCCCCGUAAGUCUCUAAAAAGCUUUACUUGUUUUGUAGUCAGUCUGAAACCAGCGAACCAGACACACGAAAUACCAGAUAUCUCUGCCUAAACUUAAAGAUCAUUGUUGCAUGUUACAUACGUGUAAUGCUACAUGUUUUUCUCUGUGUUAAUAUUAUUAUUGCUAAAUUGCACUUGCUCUACUUUUCACUCAUGUCUAAGAUAAAUGCAUUGCAUGAAUGCACACUGCCAUCUAUUGGCAGGCUACUGGCAAAACUUUUCCCAUAAACAACAUCUCAUUAUUUUCAGUAUGAGCUGUUGUUUCUGAUUCAGUUCAUUUCUGCAGAGCACGCAGGUUGAUUUCCGAGGAAUGGGUAUUUCUAUUCUGGAAUCAUGAUUCACAGUUUAGCCCUGAUAAUAUUCCACUUAUUAAAAGUCGGUCAAGAACUGAAAUGUUUACAUUUACAUGUAAACGUAAACAUUUCAGUUUCACUCCUUCAGUAAGUAUACCCACUUAGACAGUUAAAUAUAAUUACCAGAUAAUUUUGGAUUUUAAAAAAGC